UCCUAUACAGCACACACAGCUAACUGAAAUCGAAGCAAGAUUCAGCCCCAGCAGUGGUCACAGUCGCACUUAGUCUCAGCCAUCUGCGCGGUCUCUAAAAUUAAACGUUAAAAACAUGUUUCGCCACUUUUGCCUAACGGUGCUUCUGGUCAUAGCCAGUGGUAAACUGAGUUCAACUCAAUCCACAGUCGCCACCACCAUCGCUGCUACCACCACCACCGCUACCACCACCACCACCACUACCACCACCACCACCACCACAACCACCACUGCUCCAAUUACUACUACUACAGCUGCUGCAAAUACAACCACCCUUGCUCCAACUCCUGCAAAUACAACCACCCUUGCUCCAACUCCUGCAAAUACAACCACCCUUGCUCCAACUCCUGCAAAUACAACCACCCCUGCUCCAACUCCUGCAAAUACAACCACCCUUGCUCCAACUCCUGCAAAUACAACCACCCCUGCUCCAACUCCUGCAAAUACAACCACCCCUGCUCCGACCAAUGCCACUACAACUGCCCCUCCGCUGCCCAACCCCAAAACUGGAAACUACACUCUUAAACCAAAUGUCAACGCCACUGCCUGCAUUUUGGCUAGAAUGGGCCUGCAAAUCAGCUUUAAGCAAGGCGCAGAUGCCCAGAGCUUCAACCUGGAUCCUGCAGUGACCAAUGUGUCUGGAUCAUGUGGCAGUAAUGGCAGUGACUCCAUCCUCAUCCUCCAGUCUGACACAAUCUACAUGGACUUUGGCUUUUCUAAUGUGUCAAACCGAUUUCGCCUACAUUCACUGAAUGUUAAUGUGACUGCUAGUGGGGUCAAAUUCACAGUUACCAAUUCCAGCUUGUCUCUAUGGGAAGCAUCUGUGGGGAGUUCCUACAUGUGCAAGAAGGAACAGAGUGACGAGAUCACAAGCUCCGUCACCCUCCACACCUUUGACCUGCAGAUCCAGCCUUUUGGGGUGGAGGAUGAUAAAUUCAGCACAGCCCAUGAAUGUGCAAUGGAUGACUCCAGCAUCUUAAUCCCAAUCAUUGUUGGUGCCGCUCUGGCCGGCUUGAUUCUCAUAGUAGUGAUUGCUUACAUGAUUGGUCGAAGAAAGACCUAUGUUGGAUAUCAGACACUGUAAAGCAGUCACUGACUUCCUAAUGUUGAUCUCCCCUCAAAGAGCCCAGGCUUGGGGAUGGGUUGGGAUGAGGGGAAGGGUGGGGGGAGAGGGGGAGGUGAGGGAGCCUGAUCCUGGAUAAGAGCUGCAGGUUUUAGUGCAAUCUCAUAAUUGGCAGUUGGCCCCUCCGCAUUAAAUUCGUAUUGACAAAUGCAGCAGUAUGACAAAGAACUGAUGUGCAGUUCAAAUCAUGAGGGCCCUGCGGCAUUCCAGGACCAGGAGCCACCCCCCUACUUGCACAUAUACAUUAAUUUUGGUUUAUUUUUCUGCUUAUCAUUUGUUUCUUUUGUUGCUUUUCAGUUUUUAUGUCCCUUUUCAAGUGUGUUCAGGAAGCAAGUGCACAGUCUCUAUUAGCUACCGUCAACAAGUUUCACCUAACCAUGUCUGAUGAUGCAGAACAUGGAAAGCUUAUUCAUAUAGGAAUUGAAACAAACAAAUCCUGUAUCAAAUCACAUCAGAUUGUUCACUUGCUUCUUUCUCCCAACAUUCCUUUUUUUUUUUCAUUUAAAACCCACAUGUUUUAAUUGUGUUCAUUUCAUUAAGCCACAUGAUGUUGAUUUGGUUCAUUUCACCUGAUUGAUUGAAGCUAAAAAUUGCUGCAAAAAUGGAUCCUGGGGGACAUACAUUUGUAUUUAAUUUUGACUGGAACUAAUCCUAACAGAGCUGAUUCAGCUUUUUGUGCAAUCAUUGUUCCAAGUCGCAUUUAAUCAAUUGCCAGUAAUUUCCUUGAUUUUUGCAUGUGUGAGACAUACGUCUUUUACUUUUGUACAUUACCCUAAGAUUGAAUUGGCAGAAAUAUCCUUCAUAGCAUCUAUAGAUUAAGGGUGUACAAUUUUUUUAUUUUUGAUGUGAAUCGAUGUUAGCCAGUUUGCAAAAUCUCAGUGUGAGACUCUUAAUUUGAUGCAGCAUUUUGCCACAAAAUUUCUCUAUGCAUUAUGAGAUCCACAAUUUUCCUGGUAAGUCUCAGGCCUAACUGUGGUGAUAACAGUGAGGGGAUGUGGCCAGUUAUUAAAGUAGUUGGCUACAUUUUCCCCACAUCUGAGUACUUGUUUUGGCAUUAGGCUUUUUAAAAAAGGGAUAGCGUUGUAAAUUGUGGUAUUUAAGCAGUUGCUUGCAGAUAUGUUUUUAUAUAAAUGUAUUCAAAGGACACUCCACAUUUGGUAAAAUAUGCUGCUCUGCAACACUUGUGAAUAGCCUUUGCAACAGUUGUGCACACGGAUCUCCGAACAUAAUAAUAUGGUAACUGGACAUUGGUGUGGGGACUGUAGCGUGUGUAUUUUUGCGUUGUAAAUGGGUAAGUGUAUAGUGAUAUUACCCUCGAUUUUAGAAAGGUGUGAUCAUCUGCAUUUUUCACUGACUUUUCUUUCAAUCUCUCAAAAUCAGGCGCUGUGUGUUUCUGCCCCAGAUUGUUUUCCAUUUCAGAAGUGCUCAUGUAAAAAUGUAUGGCUUUUGAUUAAAUUUUUGCUUCUAUGUGAAGUGUUGAAAUUGAAAUGGUCCUCAAAAUAUACAAAUUCACCACCACCACACUUGCUGUAUUGACAUCCAUUUCCUUUAGCUGGGGACAAAGUCCACAGGAUUGAUUUCCAAAAAUGUGCCUUUUCCAGAGCAGACUGUUUCUGACGUAUCCGGCACUUUGAAAGAGGUGUGAUCCUGCUAAAAGGGAAUUCCCAUUAGUGGACACCUGCUCCUUCCAAAACCAUAGAUUCUUUGUGACCUGGCAAAAUAUGAAACUGAAAUGUGGAUUGGGUUGGCAAAGCAAACACUUUAAGUUUUGAAAGUGAUGUAAAGUGUUCAGUUUGCUUUUCAGUUUCAUAUUAAGGUCAGGGGAUCUGACUAAGUGUUUUUAUAUCAUUGUAAUUGUUCCCCAUGGCAUCAAAUGAAAAUAGUUUCUGUCAGUGCAUUUUUAGUUGCAGUAAGUCAAUAAAAUGUGAUAAAGAAACUUCUGUGUAUUUAGUGUUGACAGUCAGCCUAGGCUACUUUUGACCUUCAAAAUAAAGAGUGUGUUUGACUCUUUGA